GCCUUUGCUCACAAACCUUUUUGUCUCCCUCUUUCCGUCAUGGCAGAGGCAGAGGCGGCCAAGGAUUCGGCCGAUGGGGAUUUCGAGGCCUCCGCCUUUGAGCAGCUCGAGCGGGACUUUCAGGAGAUCCUUCAAGAGCUCGUUGGGGACAAGUCCCUGGAGCACUUCCGCAACGAGUACGAGAAGCUGCACCGGGCGCUGAAGAAGUCCCAUGAGAGUGAGAAGCAUCUCAUCAAGAAGUGUCGCGAACUCAACGGAGAGAUCGUGCAGAACGCCGUGAAGGUGCAGACUGCGUUGAAGCUGUCACAGGAGGACCACGCGACGAUCACUGCCUUAAAGAAGGAGAUCGAGCGUGCCUGGAAGAUGGUGGAGGCCUCGCAUGAGAAAGAGCAGAGGGCAAGAGAGACAAUCCAAAACCUCAAGUCCGAGAUCACCAAGCUUGGGCGUCUGGUCGAGCAAGGCGCUGGACUCAGCAUUAACCAGGAGAACAUGGUGAACCAACUGGUCCAGGAGAAGAAUGACCUGGUGAAGCAUCGGGAUAUGCUGCAGGGACAGGUUCAGCAGAUGCAGCAGCAGAACACCGAUCUCAAUGCCAAGGUUGCCAAGCUCGAGCAGGAGCGCUUGCAGGGCAAUGGUGAGCUGCUGAAGCUCCGCGAGUCCUUCCAGAAGCUUCAAGAGGAAGCAGACAAGCAGCAGAAAAGAAAAGAGAAGCUCGACAAGGAGCUCAAAGACAUGCGACAAGGCUUAGAAGCCAAGCAGAGCGAAGUGAAUGCCAAGCGAGAAGAGCUCUCUCGCGGCGAGGAGGUGCAAAAGCACCUUUCUCGCGUGUUGAGAGAAGAGAAGCAGGAGGAAGAGCGGCUGGGGAUUCGGUGUACCCAGCUGAAUGGAAAUGCGCAGCACCUAGACAAGCAAGUGCGCGAGGAGAUGACGGCCAAGAACCGCUUGGAAGAGGAGCAGAAAGACCUCAAGGCGCAGCUCAAGUUCCGCCAGGAUGAGAUCAAUGCGCUCCGCAGUUCCAAAGCCAAGACGCAGAAGACCUUGGAGGCGCUCCAAGCCCUUAAAGACAAGGACGAUGCUGAAUCGCGACGCCUGGAGGCUCGCAGCACGCAGAUGCGGGGCGAGGUCUCCGAGCUCCGCAAGGAGCUUGAGAAGCUGAAAAGAGACUCCGAGGCGCAGGAGAAGCAGGUCACGGAUUUGCUGCAUGAGCGGGACAUCCUCGGGAAGGCGCUCAUGAAGGGCGAGGAACGCUCGAAGCAGCAGGUGGAGCUGGUGGAUCUCCACAAGGGUCAAGCGCAGACCCUCUCCAAGGACCUCCAUCGCUGGAAGUCCGACCUGGAUCUGAAGCUCCAGCGGAUCCACGAGCUCGACCGCCAGCGGGAGAAGUACUCGGGAGACCUGCAGCAGGCAAAGCAGCGAUGUGAGGCUGCUCAAGAGGAGCUUCGAGGCCGCGAGUUGCAGAUGGCGCAACUGAAGAGGAGCAUCGCCGACGUGCGGGCGAAGUGGGCUCAGCAGAAGAACCUCUAUGAGGCGGUGCGGACCGAUAAGAACCUCUACUCCAAGAACCUGGUGGAGUCCUUAGAAGAGAUCAACGAGAUGCGGAAGAAAUUCAAGGUGAUGUGCCAUCAGAUUGAGCAGCUGAAGGAGGAAAUCAAAGAGAAGGAUGUUGCGAUGAUUGCGGAGCACUUCAAACACCAGGGGAUCAGCAAGGAGACAGAGAAGACCAAGCACAACUUGGAGUACCACGAGAAGCAACAGACCCGAGCACAGCAGUUGGUGGAGCAGCAAUCGUCCGAUAUCAAGAAGCUCGAGGCGACCAUCCAGGAAGCCGAAUCCGAGCGGCAAAACCAGCGGAAGGAGUUUGAGGCCGUGACGGCGGAGCGGAACAUCUUGGGGAAGCAGCUGAUCCGGCGGAAUGAGGAGCUCUCACUGAUCUACGAGAAGAUCAAGAUCCAGGAGAGUACCUUGUCAAAGGGCGAGGUGCAGUACCGGAAGCUCUUGGAUCGGCUCCACGAGCAACGCACGGACAUCGGAGAGCUGAAGCGCGACCUCUUCAUUGCUCGGCAGCAGGCCGAGUCGGCGGGAAGCCUUGAGAAGGAGGUCUAUCACCUUCAACGGGAGCUGUUGCAGGAGCGAACCAAGGUGCGUGCGCUCUCUGAAGAGCUGGAGAACCCCAUGAACGUGCAUCGCUGGCGGAAGCUCGAGGGAUCGGACCCCGGGAUGUACGAGCUCAUCCAGAAGGUGCGGAGUCUUCAGAUGCGCCUCAUUGCAAAGACCGAAGAGGUGGUGGUGAAAGACAGCGAGAUCCAAGAGAAAGACAAGCUUCACAAGGAGCUGAAUGCCAUCCUGGAGAAACAGCCCGGGCCCGAAGUGCUCGAGCAACUGGAGCAGUAUCAGGAGACGUACAACUCCAAGCUGAAGCAGAUGAAAGCAAUGCAGGGUGAGCUCCAGACCUAUCAGUCUCAGGUGUCAGAUUACAAGGACGAGAUCGAUCGGCUCAAUCGAGAACUUCAAGAAGUGAAGAAGAAGUUCUACGAUCAGAAGAAGCGCGAGAUGAUCCAACAGGAGGCCCAGCGGGGCGAUGGCCGCGUGAUCCAUCCUCGGCCGGUGCCGCAGGUUCGCUAUAUGGGCGGCUUGUUCAGCCUGGCGCAUUGAGGCCCAUGAGAUGUUCCCGUUUGGGGAAGGGAGAACCGACGGCAGCCCGUUUUGACGGGGGGUAGGCCCGGCCCUUUCGAGGGGUAGGGAUGUUUUUCUCUCUGAUUGAGGGUCGAGAUGGGUGCUUUUGGGCAGGGAAGUGAUGAAUCAACAGCCCACUCAUUGACCAUCUCACCAUCUCCCAGAUGA